AUGAAUACCGCGAGAGGCCUACGCGCUUUCCAGCGCACAUUCGAGCAAGCGUUCAGAUUCCAGAAUACCACGCGAGCGCCCCAUGCGCGGUCCGUCCACAUUGCGCCUUUCCGCAAGCAACAUCCUUCGCUGGUAACAGUUCGCUAUCAAUCGACCUCACAGCCAGAGGAGGAAGAUCGCCCGCUCACCGACCGGCAACCAACGUCGCAAGAAAGCGCCGACGAGAUCGCGGCACGGAAAGCGCUCUCGCCCGCGUACCAGCUCUGGUUCACCUGCAAGAAGUGCCUCGAACGAAGCGGGCACACGAUCAGCAAGCAAGCCUACCAUUUCGGUACCUGCCUCAUCGAAUGUCCGAAAUGCAAAGGACGGCAUUUGAUCUCGGAUAAUCUGAAGAUCUUUGGAGAUGGGAAGGUUACGUUGGAGGAGAUUGCCAGGCAACAUGGAGAGAAGCUGAGGAAGGGGAGACUUGGGGCGGAGGGAGAUGUGGAAUUUUAUGAUGAGGAGGCGGAGGAGAAGAUCAGGGAGGCGGCCCAGGAUAAAAGGUUGAGAAGUGAUCAGCCAAGUAAGAAUGGGGAUGGGAGCUGA